AUGAUUUCGGCUCAAACUUCUAAUGGUGUAGGAAGUACAAAUACAAAUUAUAAUUAUGAACAUCAAGAAGCUACAAUAAUAGCAACACAACAACAAAGGAGAAAGCCUGAUUUGAUUAGGCUUGAACGUUCCCUUACUGGAGUUAGCGGUCAUUCAAUGCCUCAUUCUUCAGAUUCUUCAAUUUCGCAAUCUUGUUCAGAUGAAGAAGAGGAGGAAGAUGAGGAAGAAGAAAAUUGUCAAAAUUUUCAAAAAAUAGAAAAUUUGAAUAAAAAUCCUCCAGACGCCCGUAGUCGUUUUUCUGCAAAUAAAGCACUUUUUCAAAGAAUGGAAAAACAGGCAGAAAGUUUGUUUAAUAAAGAAAAACAACAACAAAAUAAUCGCCUUUUACCUUGUUUUUAUUCUCCACGUUUACAACGUUCUUCUUCAGCAAGUUUAGGUUUUAAUACAUCAACAACAACAACCCCAAAUAAACAACAACACCCACCUUUAAUACCUCCAAAACCUUUAAUUGAAAAUACAAAUAACAACCAAAAAUAUCCUAUACCCGGCAGCCCUUUAACCCAACUUGCGCGCAAUUUUAGCCAAUUUGCCUCUGAUGUUGAGAGAAUUGCUAGUGAAUCUAGAAUUGUUGCAAAUGAAGGAGGGGAUAGUAAAACGAAGUAA